GAAGCCUUGCGGUUGUUCGGAAUCAAGAAUAAAUACUUAUAAAAUAAGAAAUUAAACAAUUUCGUUCUUGUUUUAAGAAACCAGUUAAAAGCCACAGUUCUGGCUCAAAUGUUAUAAUUCUAAACACCUGAAAAAAGUUAAAAAAGUGGUUUGAAAAAGUGAAGUGUUUAAUGGAUAAUAUUUCCCCUAAAUAUGUUGACAACUAAACAUUCUAGAUAAUGAUGAUGCAGGAACUCCCUAUUGAACAGCUGGGCGGGGGUGGAGUACCUCCCGGACACGCACUAGACCUCAAAGAAGAGGUUGGCGUGGAACAUAAACAUUGGGACAACGAGUUAAAACCUUGGGACACUAAAAUUCUCUCCCCGCCGGAUUGUGGUCCCCGCCACCAAUGGGGCGGUUUACACCCUGAUGAAUAUGGCGAUGAACGCCGUGUGAAGUUAGAGAACGGGCACAGGGUCCGGGAGUACUUGGACCCUGAAGAUUAUGGACCGCCUUAUAACGGACCUCAAACCUCUCCUUUUCCCGAGGGCCCGCCCACUCCCCUUGACUUCACUCCUGAUAUGAUGCACAAGGGUGGGGAAGGGGCGGGAAACGCCUCUAAGAAAAGUACAUCCCGCCGUAACGCCUGGGGAAAUCUCUCCUACGCCGAUCUGAUCACCCAGGCGAUCCUCUCCUCCCCAGAGAAGAGGUUAACGUUGAGCCAGGUCUACGACUGGAUGGUUCAGAAUAUACCCUACUUCAAGGAUAAAGGAGAUAGUAAUAGUUCAGCAGGAUGGAAG